AUGGCGGUCGUGGUGUUGCACUCGGUGCCGCCGAUCCGCGUUCUCCUCCAGCGCUGCUGGCAGCGGCUGGAGCUCGGCCGCUGGCCGGCGGCGUGCGGGGCGCAGAGCCCGCUGUGGGGACUGUCGCCGGCCGUCCAGAGCCCUGCUUGUCUGCCGGAGCCCGCAGCGGGCGGCGAGGGGCCGGGCUUCCUCGGUGGCGUCCUGUGGAUGGCGGCGCCGAAGAAGAGGCGCAGCAUCGAGGUGAACCGCUGCAGGAGGAGGGACCCCAGCAAGCUCAUAGCGGUCAAGAGGAACAUCGAUGUUUGCCCAGAGUGUGGAAACUUGAAGCUGAAGCAUGUUCUCUGUGGUUAUUGUUACGCAAAAGUCAAAGCAGAGACUCAGCAGAUACGGAAGGAAAUAGGUAAAAAGGAAGGAGGGCCGUUUAAUGCUCCUACUGUAGAGACUGUAGUGCUUUAUGACGGAGAAAAGCCCACUGAAAAAGAUGAAGGCAAGCGGAUCAUUGAGAGAGCCAGGAAGCGUCCAUCUUGGUUUAUUCGAAAUUAACAGCGAGACAGAGCAUGUUUCUCAGGAAGGUUUUCCUAGAAUGUUUUCCAAGAAUGUUCAGUCAACGCUGAUACUGAAUAAGUGUGAACCUUUGGGGUGCCUGAUGAAGUCACGUUUCAUGUCGUGUAUUGCUUCUGUAGCAUACAGUGGACAGUGCUUCUUGGUGAUGUAUCUAUCAUAGCAGUCAGCAAUUAAAGAGAAGUUGGAAUCAGUCUUGUUGGACAUCUACAUACAGUACAGUGACUACUUUGUAUGUUAAUGUUGUAUGCUGUAAAUAAUUUUUUAUUACUAUUAACAAUGGAAAAACAAUCACAGGUAUAAAAUAAAGAUUCCUAAAGAAA